CCAGGAGAAAAAAGAAGAAGCUAUCACCUUACUGAAGGAUUCCAUUAAAUAUGGUCCAGAGUUUGCAGACGCAUAUUCAAGCUUAGCUUCGUUAUUGGCUGAGCAGGAGAGAUUUAAGGAAGCUGAAGAAAUAUACCAGGCUGGAAUAAAGAACUGUCCAGACAGCUCAGAUUUACACAACAACUAUGGGGUUUUCUUAGUUGAUUCUGGCUUUCCAGAGAAGGCAGUGGCCCAUUACCAGCAGGCAAUCAAACUUAGCCCCAGUCAUCACGUGGCCAUGGUGAACCUGGGGAGACUCUACAGGUCACUGGGAGAGAACAGCAUGGCUGAAGAAUGGUACAAACGCGCCCUGCAGGUGGCACACAAAGCUGAAAUCUUGUCACCUUUGGGAGCACUAUAUUACAACACUGGCCGAUACGAAGAGGCUUUGCAGAUUUACCGGGAAGCUGCAGCACUUGAGCCUUCUCAAAGGGAGCUCCGCCUGGCGCUGGCUCAGGUUUUGGCUGUGAUGGGUCAGACGAAAGAAGCUGAAAAGAUGACCAACCACAUUGUGUCAGAGGAGACUGGAUGCCUCGAAUGCUACCGCCUCUUGUCAGCAAUCUAUAGCAAGCAGGAGUACCACGACAAGGCACUUGAUGCCAUAGACAAGGCUCUCCAGCUGAAACCAAAGGACCCAAAAGUCAUAUCUGAACUUUUUUUCACAAAAGGAAACCAACUAAGAGAACAGAACCUUCUUGACAAAGCUUUUGAGAGCUAUAAAGCAGCCAUAGAACUAAAUCCAGAUCAAGCACAGGCCUGGAUGAACAUGGGUGGCAUCCAACACAUCAAGGGAAACUAUGUGUCUGCAAGAGCUUAUUAUGAGAAAGCCUUACAGCUGGUUCCAGACAGCAAACUGCUGAAGGAAAAUCUUGCCAAAUUGGAUCGCCUAGAAAAACGAUUGCAAGAAGUUCGAGAAAAGGAUCAAACGUAGCACCGUUUGACCCAGUCUCAUGGGAUAACGCGGGCGCCUCUGGAAGAGGAAAAAGUGACGGAGGCCUUGCUUUCACAUCAGCAGGGCCACAACCAAGGAAGCUUUCUUUUCAUUCUGAGUUCAGGGUGGCAUGUUUUCGGACAUCUGCUGGUAAUCCAGUGCUGAAGGACUUUCUGUGAAAGAAGACAAAAAGAGCAAGCAUGGGCAAGAAGGUCUGAAAGAGAAGGAAAACAACCACACAUUUUACAGAUUUUUGUUUGGUUUAACUUCAGAUUUCCCUUGACAUAUUUCUAUGGUUUUGCAACCUGGAGAUCUAAUUCCAUUUCUUUGUUUUAGACUUUUAUGUCCCAGAAAUACAGAAGCUUAAAAUGCUACGAGGGCAGAGCUUCUGUUCUCUAUGGGAUGAGAUAUUUCAAAAGAGGAUAAAUCCUCUGGCGUAAGCCAUAUGGAAAAUUCUGCCAAGAAUUAGCUCAUUUAAUUCUUGAGAACCAGAAAUGUGUAUCUAAUAGCUUUUGUAGAACCUUCCAGAAUAUGUGAGGAAAAGGGCUAUUGUUAAGUAGCUAUCUUAUAUCCUCCUAAGGAUAUUACUAGAGCCCUUUUGAGAAAUAGAUUCCACUCUCACGCAGGUUUUUCCCAUUGCCUAAUAUAGCAAAAGGGAAGCUUCUGGAAUUAUAUAUGGAUAUCUUUAUCCCUAGGAGAAAAUCAAGGAACUUGGUACCCCUAAUUCUUUAUGGAAUUGUUUAAAAUUAUUUUAAUUUUAUUAUAAGUAUUACUGGAGUAGUGAUUCUACUCAAAAGAUUUCAAAAGUGCAUUUAAAAUCAUAAAUGUUUCUGCCUCCAAAUAUAUUGUUAUUUUGGUGGAGAAAAAAUAUAUAGUAUAUUCUACAUAAAAAAAUAUUAAAGAUAUUCACUGAGAGAAAUGUCCUACUUUAUUAUCUUAAUGUUGAGACAUCAUGAGAUUUAUUUUUUUGAAAAAUAUAUUUAACAGUGAGGAACCUUUACAGGAUACCCCAGAAAUCUUCAUAGAUUCUAACUAGAUGGAAAGAGAGCUCUAUUUAUUGGUCUUCCUAGGCUUAAAGAGAACUUUGGGCUUAGAACAUGAGUGAUUGAAACCCGGAGUUCUUUGCUUUGGGGAAUAUCAUGGAGAAUGCUCUAAAAAUUUAGGGAAAAAGUCUAAAUUCAUAAGUUUAAAAAUAUAUAUUUAUAUUUAAAAGAUAGGGAAGGAAAAGUUGAACUCAGAAUUUGACAUUUAUUUUAGUACAUUAUUUAUUUCAUAACUUAUAAAAUAUUUAAUAUAUACACACUUCUUUUUCUGUCUGUACAAAGUGGUUUUAAUAGCAGCUUUCAAAACUGAUCUUUUAAAAAUCCAACUUGUAACAGUCCCUCCAAAACUUUGAACUGAUUAUUCUCUUGCUAAAAUUAAAGGAAUUUGGAAUCAGCUGUCAGCGUUCUGAUAGUAAUGUAUUUCGGAGGUGGAAAAAUUGGAACACCUGAUUCUAAUUUGGUUCUCAUCAUUAAAAACAAAACCCCUCCAGGCAGUGCUGCUCUCCUGCUGAGCCCGCAGGGCAUCACAGAGAUGGAGUAGCCUGAAGGCACUCAUAUUUCACAGUGCUCAGGCUAGGGCAAGGUAAAAUUAGCUUUCUGCUUCUUUCAACCCAGUAUCAGGAAGCACUAUUAUUAUUUUUUUGGUCAAGUCUAAAUAAACCGAAGAAAAACUUCUUUGGAAAGGGAUAGUGUAAGAAUAUUUAAAUGCAGAUGAUUACAGAAUUAGCAUGCAUCUGUGUGCAACAGUAAUCCAAUAACAUAUAUUACCACUAUGACCUUUGUUUCUAAUAGUUUUGCAGUGUUAUAUAUGAGAAAUUUAUUCAAGAUCUUAGUUAAGAUAUUUUCUUUCCCCUCCAAAAUUAUAGUUCUAAGACCAAGAAAUAUACUACAAUAUUUAUUGUAAAAUAAAACCACCCCACCCCCAAAUUGAAAAAACAGGAAACCCUAGCUAGUAACACUAUCUAGGACUUUAUCACAACUUUUCAAAAUAAUCUGAAACCAAAACUAAUGCUUAAAAAGUUAAUAGAAAAGACUGAGCCCCAAAACAGCAAUUAAUGCCUUACUUCGAGUGCUACUUAAGGUAGGAGAGUACCUUUAUUUGUUGGAAUACUUGAAAUGGCAAUUUCAGCCUAAAAGUUUUAAGGGAAAUGGGUCACAUGGCCUACAGGAAAUUUUCUCUGCCUUCUUUUAGGUGCUUUUCUAUCUCUUCCCAUCCCCCUGCCCUUUCCCUCUCUCCUUCCCUCUUUCUUUCUCUCUCUUUGUCACCCUGUCUCAUUCUGUCUGCACACACUGCAUCUCUUUGAACAUUAAAAGUGAGCACUGUUUUUCAAAAAAAGUAAGUAUUGUUUGUUGGAUUAGAUAUUUUCAUCCCAAUUAAUACCUUCACCAGGAUGUGGCCAAUGAAAUAUUUUUAGUUUUUCACAUUUAAAAUAAUGCCGAUAAAAUAAAUCACAUACUAUCUUCCAAGAUAUUAAGUAUAUUGGCUGGGCGUGGUGGCUCACACCUGUAGUCCUAGCUCUCUGGGAGGCCAAGGCGGGCAGAUGGUUU